GAGAACCACGACCAUGAAAAGAUGACUAUCUCUUCGAGUCCUGACUGGGAUUUACAAGAAUUCUCCGAAAAAUCAAGCAUCCAUCAUUGAGCUCCAUCACCAAUAUCCAAAUAGUACGCGUAUUAGUAACACUUCUGGACAAAGAGCAUAUCAAGCCCACUCGUGUGGGCUAAUAGUCAAAGCACAAAGAGACUCUCCCAACACCAGUUUUUAAGCAUGAAUACGGAGUCUAAGCUGUGUUGCUGGCUGUGGGACGUUUGAAUGGCUAUCUAGUAUUACUAUCUACUACAUUUCACGAUUGUACGACACAAAUUAUUCUUCAGCUGUGUUGUUGCCCACGAGUUCUUCAUAGUGCCCAGCCAGUGCAUCCAACUAUCCCUCCAUCCAUCCAUCACACCCUCAAGGAGUAAAAGAGGAUUGACUUGGUUUGGGUGUUGUUAAUAAGCCAGCGCUUGAUUUAAGUAACCAAGAUGCGUCACUCUGCGAAAGAACCGUUUUGAGCUUGAUCGUUGCGCUCUAGUCAACCCCAACAAAACAAGAGGCGGCGUACGGCCUCCAGCAGACGGAAGAAUGCCUUUUGGAUAUUAAUAUGCCGGAACCGAGGUUUUAAUUGAAAAUAGAUUUGCCUCCCAAUGAUUAUCAUGGGCAGGCACCCAGUGGGCCAGGUUUCAUGCGUUGGAUUCAGCCCAUGUGACGGUCUGGGUUACCUUUGACUGAGGUCCAUUGGAGAACCUGGGAUGAGCUGGUGUUGAUCCUACCGAUGUCUCCUCGUCGUCUUUUGAAACAGAGACAGAGGCGGUGGCAAUGGUUGACCUAAUCUCCUGAAAGCCCGCAUUAUUCGUCUGGUGCUCAGCGAUCCUCUCCGACCACACGAUUGAUUGGUAGGACAUAAAACACAAGGUUUGCUUUUGAUCGGUAGUUCAUUUGAAUAGACCCUCUGAGGUGGAAAGGUCGACAUCUAUCCAUUGAAAAGUCAUCCUUGGAGUUGUUGAAUAGAACAAGAUAUCAGUAUUUUAUUCUUAUUUGUUCAAACACAGCCAAGAUGUCCAUGUGGGAACUUUCAAUCAUGAGGAUGAUCUUCGUCGUUUUAAUUCUGGCCGUGGGAAUUAGAGGAGACGAUGCGGAUAAUGAUGCCGUGGUGGUCCACAACCGAGCUUUAACCAAGGACUCCAACGACCCGCAAACCCGCAUCUUCACAGACAACAAGGAGUUGAACGCAGGCAUUGGAGGUGCCAUCAUCGGUGCCGGUGGCGCUCUUUUGGUUUCACAUCUUCUCAACCAAAACAAGAGAAAGAAUUGCCAUAACCGAAUUCGUCGGGACGAUUCUGGAGUGGAAACUCGUCUUUUUGGUCUAGGCGGUAACAACAACAAUAACUAUAAUUGUCCUCCUCCUUACUAUCCUCCCCAGCAGCCCCACUAUCCUCCCCGUCAACCCCAUUACCCUCCACAACCUUACCAUCCUCCCCAAACCACGCCCUACUAUCCUCCUCAAUACCCUUCAGCCUAUAAUGGUUACCAACCCACUCCUUCUUAUGGACACAGAGGAUCUGGAAGUAAUGUUGGACAUUCGGGAAGCUCUCGACACCCGUCCAACAACUACAAUACACCCACAUCUGGCUAUACUCCAUCUCUUAACAUUCAUGGUAGACCGACAAGCUCCAACAACCUUCACUCAAGUAACAACAACAAUAACUUCAACAACCGACCCAACUACAACACUCACCGUCCAUCCAACAACUAUAACACCCCAUCCAACAACUAUAACACCCCAUCCAAUAACUACAACACACCUUCCAACAACUACAACCGACCUUCCAACAACUACAACCGACCCUCCAACAACUACAACAACCCGUCCAACAACUACCCAACACCUGGUUAUAAUCAGCCACAGUUCAACAACCACCGCCACCCAGGCUUUGUUCGAGAUAGCUCCCCCGUGUACUCUCCCACUGCCAAUCGGCAUGAUAAUAACUUCCAAGGGCAAAAUGGCAACCUUGAUUUCCUAAGACCGCGCUCGGCCUUGCCCGAUGACACUCCGGUCUUUGCCUCGUUGGAAAGUGAGGAUAACAAUAACACACCGGCAGUUCGAACCGCAAGCUCCGCUUCAUCCUCAGACAAGAAGUCUAGUGGCCACGUCAGAUUUGGAGAUUAAAUGGAAUAGUACCAUCCUAAUUUAAUUUAAUAUCUAAUCUGUAACUUAUGAAAAUCCUCGAGAAUAUAGCCCAAGUCAAUUUAAAUACGUCUAAGA